AUGUUGCAGCACUACUCGGGGUGGCAGGGUGAGGGGAAGGUGGAGAAACUCCAUACGACCGCUUUACGAUAUCUCCUUCCCUCGUCACGCCUCUCCUGUCCCUUCUCCAUCUCUGCUUGCUCCGUUCCCGUACCCUGUCGUCUAACCCACGCACCCGGCCUUCCACCCGCCUUCCCUCACUCCCACACCCCGCACACGGUGAGAAAGCUGGAGUACCUGGGGCGAAUUCUGAGGCGCCUAAAAAAUCUGCCCCGUCUUCUCCCCACUUCCCCUCCAGCUCGCGCUGGGGAGAUAUCUUACACGGCCUGGCAGGACAAGAGGGAGAUGGAGAAGCUGGCAGCAGCGGAGCCGGUGGGGUAUCUGGCGUACAUGGACUGGCAGGACAAGAGAGGGAUGGAGAACCUGGCAACAGCAGAGCCGGGAAAUUCCCCUUUCACCCAUUCCUGCUCCCACUUCCUUUCCUUCCCCCCACUCCAGGUGGCGUACCUGGCAUACACGGACUGGCAGGACAAGAGGGAGAUGGAAAUGGUGGCAGCAGCGGGGCCGGUGAAUCCCCUUUUCAUCCAUCCCUGCUCUCCACUUUCCUGCUGCUCUCCCCUCUCCCUUCUACCUCUUCCCCAGGUGGCGUACCUGGCGUACACGGACUGGCAGGACAAGAGGGAGAUGGAGAAGCUGGCAGCAGCGGAGCCGGUGAAGCGGCCGACAGCCACAUCGGAGAUCCGCGCCGCCAUGAAGUCGCCGCCCCGCGCCACGCCCAAGGGGUUUGGGAAGAAGUCAGAGAAGGAGAUUGCGGAGGAGGGCGAUGCUUGA